AAUGCAGUAGAUGAAUGCAUGAAGUAUUUGUGCGCGCUCUAUUUCACGCCAUCGUUUCGACCUCGAGACAUUGAGGGCUGACGAAUGUGUGCCUUUAGCGUGGCGUGAUCUGUAAAAUGUAACCCAACCAGAGAAGUGAGCUCACGAAACCAGACUAGCUGCCAGUUUGGACCAAAAGACAAACUGUGCCUUGCUGUACCUUUCGGGGAGACUCCCACAUGCACAGUCUCCAAACGUGAUCACAUUGCCAAGCGGCAGCCCUGGUCGUAGUCCGGACUACGCGCAGUAUCUCGGUCAUUUGUGAACCCAAACGUAAGGGCAGGAAAUAAAGGGCGCUCCUCCGUUUAGCGGCACAUCGUGCGUAAGAGGGAAGUGAACCUCACCUACUUUCUGCGUUGUCAAAAGUUGUCUCUGUGUGGGCUUGUCUCGGGGCUCAAACCUAAUCUCUCUCCCGUUAAAACGAAAGCAAUUGUUCAACUUUUAUGGGACGACGUCGUCGUUAAAGUGAGUGAUGGAGGAAGUGUUCAGUAGGAUAUUCGGACUGGUGGAGUACUUAUGAGACAGAAGAGGAGGAAGAGGCGACGGACCAUACAGCACUUUUCAAUGUUUUGAAAUCUCUAUUUAACUGAAGCCCUGCUUGAUCAUGGCCCAGUGGUUACACAUGUCCCAGCUGAUCCAGUGCCUGUCAGAUGAACAGGUCAACAACCUCUAUCCCCCGUCCGCCUUCCCCAUUGAAGUCAGACAUUUUUUAGCUGAAUGGAUUGAAACCCAAAGAUGGGACGACUUUGUGCCGGAAAAGGUGGAGCAGGAGAGCCAGGCUCGAGCUCUGUUGGACCAGAUCAUCAGCAUGCUGCAGUCGAUUGCUCAGCAGAAUGCCAACGUGGUGGACAGGAUGAAGCUGAUGCAGAUCAGCAGGAACAUGACUAUGUUUCAACAGCAGCCUCUACAGUUUGGAGUGAUGGUCAGAGAUAUCCUCAGGAAGGAGAGGGUUCUGCUCAGCACGCCCACACAGAUCCCCAACCCUCCACAGUACCAACAGUAUCCGAGUAGAGAGCCCUCGUUCCCCAACAUGCAGGAUGUAGAUCACCUGGUUUUGAAGGUGCUGGAGGUCCAGGACAUCCGACAAAAGAUGCACCAGCUGCAAGAAGAGCUCAACUGGGAGAGACAGAAUUAUGAGGGUUUACAAGGCCCAAUCCAACAGAACGGACUGGAUCCCACAAAAUCAGAAAUCCAGAAACUCCAGAACCACAUCCAGCAGCUGGAGUACAAUGUGAAAGCAAUGGCCACGAAGCGUUUCCAGCUGCUGCAGGAGUGUGUGGACUGUCUGGACCAGUGUCAGACCCGACUGCUCAGCCGGCUGAAGGCGUGGAGGUGGGAACAGCACAAGGCUGCCAUCGGACACCCCUUUGACGAAAACCUCAACCCCCUGCAGACCUGGUGUGAGCAGCUGCUUGGGGUGAACGGUAAGCUGAGACAGGAAUUGAUGCUGAUAGUGGAACCGAUCCCAGAGCUCCAGGAAAGGCUGGGGCAACUUCUGCAGGUUCUGAUUCAAAGCUCUCUUGUAGUGGACAAGCAGCCCCCUCAGGUCAUUAAGACUCAGUCAAAGUUCUCCACCACUGUGCGAUAUCUGCUGGGGGAGAAAGUAGCACCCGGGAAACCUGUGGUACUGAAGGCGCAAAUUAUUAAUGAACUGCAGGCCAGGAACCUGGGCAGUGUACCUGGUGAUAAUGUUGGGGAACUGAUCAACAACACAGCCAUCCUAGAACACAACACAGCCAGCAAGAGCACAUGUGCCACCUUCAGGAAUAUGUCCAUCAAGAAGAUCAAAAGAGCUGACAGAAAGGGAUCAGAGUCUGUGACGGAGGAGAAAUUUGCUCUACUGUUCUCCACAGAGAUCACCAUCACAGGCUGUGACACUCCCUACAGGAUACAGAUGAUCUCACUGCCGGUGGUUGUCAUUGUCCACGGAAGUCAAGACAACAACGCUCUGGCCACCAUCAUAUGGGACUGUGCUUUUUCUGAACCAGACAGAGUGCCGUUCGUGGUGCCGGAUCGCGUGCCCUGGAGGAUGAUGUACAGCACUCUCAACAGUAAAUUCACUGCUGAGGUCCAGACACAGCACAAUCUAGACCACUACAACCAGCACUUCUUGGCCCAGAAGAUAUUUGACAAGCCUGAUUUUGCCGACGACUUCAGCAGCAUGAUGGUUUCCUGGGCCCAGUUUAAUAAGGAGGUUCUCCCAGGUCGACCGUUCACUUUCUGGCAGUGGUUUGAGGGAGUAAUGGAUCUGACCAAAAAGCACCUGAAAACCUAUUGGAGUGAGGGGCUGAUAUUUGGAUUCAUUGGCAAGCAGCAUCUACACCUGAUUCUCAAAGACAGGCCUAACGGGACAUUCUUGCUUCGCUUUAGUGACUCUGAGAUUGGCGGCAUCACCAUUGCUUAUGUGUCUGCUACUGAGAAUGGGGGCCAAAAAAUCCAGAACAUCCAGCCCUUCACCAAGAGAGAUCUUGAGAUCCGUAGCCUUGGUGACCGCAUACGUGACAUCAAUCACAUAACACACCUUUAUCCUGAAUUUCCUAAACAUGAAGUUUUCAAAAAAUUCUACUCAGAGCCUCAAGCAUCACCCAUCGGGGGUUACAUCCCUGUGUCACUGCAUACUAAAGUCGGCAUGGAAGCUGGCUCAGCCACACCCCCACCUCCCAUUAUGGCACCUAUGGCUGAUAACUGUUCUGUUACCUUCCCUGUGCAUCAGUUCCAGCAACCGUUCAGCCCCCAAGAAUCCAUCUCUCAAGACAUAAUGGAACCUGCAACUAAUCCUGAUGUGGAGUUCAGCUCAAACCCUCCCGUUGUCUUCCCCGAACACAUUCCCGCAGGUAACAAUAUGGACCUAGAUUUGGACAGUAUUCUUCAGACUCUGAAUAAUUAGGAAGAUUUCCCAUCAAAGCUGUUUUUGGAGUGGAAAGCAGACAUUGAAUAGCAGCCAGAGUCAAAUUCAUCUGUCUUACCGUGAUAUGAGAAAAAGCGGCAUUGUUUGUGCAGAGACAUUCUUCCUUCACUUUCAUCAACAAUCUACAGCUUCAUCUGCUUUUGAGGAAAAACUUUUUGGAGACAAAUUUGAUUUCUCUGGGACUCAAUGUGUUGAGCUGGUGAAAGCAGGAAGGCCUUUUAAGCGCAAAGUUAAACUGAUAACCAACAGAGCAAAAAGUGCCGUCAUCGCUGACUGUCAGCCAUCUGUUUUUUGUUUUGCACCUUGUUUUUUAACCCCCCCGGUGGUAGGGCUGCUGAUGUUGGUGUCUUCAUUUGGUUUGCUUACAUUUAGGAAAAUAAGUGGAUUACUGUAUAGAUUACAGUGCUUUUCCAACAAUGACCAAACAUUUGGUAGCAGACAGUGUGACGCUCAUGUAUAGGUAUAGGUAACAGGACGUGGUCACUCAGUGGAAAGUGAGCUAGAGAUUAUUUUUUAAGGCUAUGGAAAAUGUGGCAUGUUGCCCUUCGUGCUUGCUGCAUAUAUUUUUAGUUAUGAUGAGGCAAGCAUAUUUGAAUGGCAGUUGUCUAUUGUAUGUAACUCUUCCUUGUCACUGAAAAGCCUUGCUAAGCCUCAGCUAUAGUAUGUAAUACACUCAGUCUCACAGUAAUGAACAGCAUGCAUGGUUACUACUUCAUAACUCAGCCAUGGAUCAAUCAGUCUUUCUGGCCCUAACCUGAAAGGAACAAUAAGCUUUUCUAUCACUGUAGAGUGUGAAACUAUACCACUCUGAGGGACAUUUACAAUGGAAGUGGUAAUGAUAAUGGUGGUGGGCAAUGCUUAUAUUAUAUAUUAUAUUACAUAUAAGUAUGUAUCAGUUCCCAGUAAUUGAGCAUAAAUGUUAUAUUUAACAUGCUUUAGAUUUUUUAUUUCUCCUUUUACAUACCCUGAUGCACAAAAUAUGCUGUCUAUGAUGUGAUCUAGAUCUGUCUUCAGACUUUGGAGUGAUAAAAUGGAUAAAAAAUAGUGAAAGUAAAUGAUCAAAACAAUAUUUCCAAACCAUCCUUCCUUUAUUUUUAGGUGUAACUUCUCAAAUUAUAUUUUAUUUUAUGUAAGGUAAUGUUGUUUGGAGUCUCACAUAACAUGUCAAUGUGCCAUUCUUUUGUUUUGUGUUGUAGUUUUAAAUAUUAAGAUAGCUGUUACGAAUUUAAUACAAAAUGAAAAGUAAACAUGUAAUUAGUGCUGCAGUCAAAAGGAAACCUUACAGGGUAAAGAACAAUAUUAUUCUGACAGGGGAUGCAUUACCUGUACUUUGUGGAAGCUCUCAGUUUAAUUUUAUUCUGAUUUCAGAAGCUUUUAUUUGCAUCUGAAUGUAUAUCAAAACCAGUCUUCCCCAGAAACUUAAGUAUUGGUUUUAUAAGAGGCUUUGCACUACCUACCAUUACUGUCAAUGUUGUGCGUGUAAUAAUAUAUUAGUGUGUUGGAAGUAACAUAUAGCAUGUAUGUUUGCUAGAUUAUAACCUUUCAUAUGUGGAUUUACUUUAGGGUAAAUCAAUCCUCGGCUACUACUACAACCCAUAAAAUAGUACAACUAUGGUGACAAGUAAAAUCUAAUUUUUUCUAAAAAAUAUCAAAAAUAUUUUUGUGAAUUUAUUUACAAGAAAUUAGUUAUCUCCCUUAAAGUAAACCUAAAUGUCACAGCUGUUUGUGGCAAAUUUUGAAACACUGUACAUGGAAGAAUAUGUGCUGUACAAGCAGGUGCAGACAGAUGAGUUGCAACUUUCACUGCCCCUUUAGUAUCACAGAGGUAACCUCGCCUGAUUGGCAAAUGUUUAUGUAAAAGGUUACCGGGUUUAGUUGUCAGAAAAUGAACAUGUCAUAUAUGAUAUUUGUUGCAUAUAUCUAAGGGUAGCUUCUUUGGUCUAUGCAAGUGCAGGUCUCUCCUGUAUAGAACAAUCAAUUAAAAUCCCAUAUUAUACUACAGUGAGUUUAAAAGAAAAACAGACAAAAAAGGAUUGAAAACAUAAGAAUUUUUGGAUUUUUUUGACAUAUAAAAAUAAUAAAUCAAUGGCAUCAAGAUUGGGAAGGUAUGCCUGAUACUAUUAAGGCUGUCCAUUGAAUGAAAGCGUAUUGGUGUAUAACAUAAUUGGCAUCACUUCCAUAAUCCAGCAGCCAAAGAGGAGACAUUGCAUAACUAUGAUAUUAUAUUUCCUAUCCAUCCAGUUUCAACAAUCAUGAAAUGUUUUUUUUUUUUAAAAAAGAAAACUUUACACUGUACAUCACAAAGCUUUUCCAUUAGAAAACAAAUUCUAAUUUCAACAUGCCACUAAAAUGUAAAUUCUACUCAAUCACUGCCAGGGAAAUCACACUGAAAAAAAAAAGGUUAUGUAGAGAAAGCAGAAAGAGAAUCAGCUUACAUAUCUGGUUCAAUAACUGCUCUGGUGAAAUUUGUCAAAAUGCUAACUUAUCUCAGUACCCUGUCCCCUUCCCUCCACCCCAGCAGCUUUAGAUGUCCCCUCAUUAGAGCAGAACAAGAUGGCUGCCUCGUAAACAAAGGGAGGAGGUAGGGUGAAUGAAGUAGGGAUGGAAGAGAGAGGGGACACCGGGCCAAUGCAGAGCUUCAACUUCAAAGUUCAUUUGCUCUCGUAGACUGUAUGAAAAUAAAGGUGUACAUUUAUCACCCUGUACAAACACACUAAAGAUUUCAGUCGCCUCACGGUGACCUUCUCUCUUCUCCCAAAUAUCAGAGAGGGGCUUGACCAAUGAAACUAUUUCACUCCUAAAGAGCCACCCAGCUCAGCGUAGAAAAGAGAAGGCACCAGGUGUUUGCCAACACCAGCAAGAAGCCACCACACCUCAUGCACUCUUUCAUUUCUAACCUCGAGUUGAUGUAACAAAGACCCUUCAGUUGUGUCAAACAACACAAUUCAACUAGAAAACACUUGUUCCUCAUGACAGCUUGUCAGGUUUGCUCUCUUUGUUUUUCCAUGGCAGACACGCAAAAGUAAAAGCAAACCAACUAUCACACACCUGUACAUGAAUCAGUGAAAAGCGCUGCUCUAAAGCUUCAAGGACAAAAUCAUGUCAGAAAGUCAUUUAAAAUGUAACCCACCACAAAUACUGUAUAAGUUAUCUGAAUGUGGUAGAAACCUGUAGAUGUCCCGCUUAUAAAGCAAUGGGUAACAGAUUUGGUGGUGGCAGUUAUUCCAUUUCAAGUGUUUGUAAUUGGAACUUCAUUGAAGACUGAGCUCAGAAAAGACCAGAUGGUUUAGUGUUUUGUGUUUAUUUAAUAUAAAUAUGAAUGUGUGUGUGCUUCACUAGAUGAGACACAAACUCUAAACUGAAUGAAUUUGGCUUUAAGAUGUGACUCAAAAGCAUGAAUUAUUUUCAUCUGAUAUAAAAAGGGGAUCACGCUAAACAUUGAGUCUGUGGAACUUGUGAAUGAAACUUUUGCAGUAUCGGUGAGGGUGUGGAAAAGGCAGCAUCUUUCCCUAAAAUAAGUUUGCAUGAUAAGUCAAAAAUAAUAAUAAUGGUGAUAUUCUUGAUACA